GCGUUAAUCGACAAAAGUUUAACUUGAUACAACUUCACAGUUAUACAAAGUUGGCGUUCACUUCCCUCACGUUUGAGGGAAAUCCCUCAUCGUUGUUGUUAUCGACGUCAUCGCGGCUCUUAUCCGCGUGUUUUUUUUUAGUUUUAUUGCUCGUUGGUGGCUUGUGGUUGUUGUAUUGGGGGGUGUGAGACUUCAAUUGACAUGCCGAGGUUACUCAGAAUCAAGAAAUUUGAUUAUACUCAGCCUGAGGACUUUGAAGACGACGACGGUGACUUCUCAUCGGCCUCUCUUCCGCCAAGCAAAAUGUCUCAAGCGGUGACCAAUUCUGACGAUGAAAAUGGCGACAAGGCAAAGCCUGCAAAGAAGGCCUUGAGCGGAACCAAGAAGUCCCGUCAAGUCACGGCCUUGAACACAGCAGCAGGAACAGCAAGAGACGGAAGACCGUCCCUGGACGACGAGCGUCUCUUUGAGAGGGAGCUCAAGGAGGUCCUUGCCCUCGCUGGUGAUCAGACGGAAGUGGCGGCGUCUUCGCGGGAGAGUUCACAGGAAGCCGUGGGCAGUGCCACCGUCAACACGGACGACCCACCCGACAACGAGACGGGCGAGUCCUCGGAGUCCGCUGGGAAGUCCGACAGCGAUGACAGCGACCACAAGAAGCCCUUCUGGAAGUUCAAGGUGCCUAGGGUCACCGCCGCCACCGCCAACAGGAGAGGGAGCAAAGCCGCCGUGGCCAGGGGCAGCAGAACAACGGGCGCGGCGCGUGGAGCCGGGGCGGAUGUCGGGCCAGAUCCUGCCCCUCGGCAAUCAGCGAAGCGCCUCCCCCCGCCCGCGUUCAACGAAGCCGGCGUCGCGGAUCGUGCCACCGCAUCGCCUCUACCCAAGUGGGUUCCUCCAGGUCCGGCCUUGCAUCUUGGCCUCUCGAAACGAGCCAAGCUGACGCCUCUCCACCCUGACUCAACAUGAAAUCACCACGGAUCACCACAGAUCACCACGGACCACCACAGCCCGCCACAGAUCACCACAGAUCACCAUGGACCACCACAGCCCGCCACAGCCACCAGCCACUGACUCUUUCAACAUGCCAUGACAUGUCCCAGUCAGCCACUAAGCCAUUCCACUUGCCACGGUCUGCGAGUGAUACAUUCCAAACUCUGAGCACUACCACGGUUUGCCACUGAACCAUGGCCUUGUCUGGGACAAGCACUUACCCAUUCAACCGCCAAGGGCUACUACCACUGACAGCCCAAGUGCAACUCAACUUGCCAUUACUCAACGUAUACAAGACCCGCCAUGCCUCAAUAGGUGCGGUCUGCUGUAAGCCGACCUGACUUGCCACCGUAGAGAUUGCCGCAGCCCGCUGUGAGGUGACUGCUCGCUGCCUGCAGCCACGGCCUAAAGCAUGGCUGCUAGACUGACUUGAACCACCGCCGAAGACAACCUCAGCUGCCGUGGCUGAAAUCUGAGGCACAGUUUAACAGUGAAAGCCCUUUAUUCCAAUUCAAUAGCACGUUUUUUGUUAGCACAUGGAUGAAAAUCAUCUGAAUAACUUAGUUUUAAUGCUUUUCGUUAGAGUCUGUAGAGCAGUUUCGUUCUGCAUUUAGUUUAUUGUUAUAUAGCACGAGUGUUUGGUGUAAACUUUAACGCAAGACUGGUUAUAAUUCUGUAUGACUUCACGAGAUAUUGGCCGGACUAGAAAUGUUUUCAUCCUGGCCUCACUGCACAACUCUCAACCCAUUGUCCUGAAAUUUAAAGACGUGGCCCAAAAUUCAAACGGCUGUUAUCUUUCGAUUAAAAGCUUUCGUGACUGCAGGGAUUCAUCUUCUUGGUUCUUUCGGUAAAGUCACGUAGAAUGGAAAUAAUAAAAUAAUAAAAAUUAAACAAUACAAUUCUCACGACGUUUUGGCCACAACGCAAGCAGAAGAACAGGUGAAGAACAGGUCUGUCGGAAAGACAGACGCUGUCUUUCCGACAGACCUGUUCUUCUGCUUGCGUUGUGGCCGAAACGUCGUGAGAAUUGUAUUUUAUUAUGUUUUAUUUUUAUUAUUUUAUGAUUUCCCUUCUACGUGACUUUACCGAAAGAACCAAGAAGCUAUUAACUUGCGGCUACACACCGAUAUUGUGUUCCCAGGACGCGCAGCCCAAGUUUGCGUCUGCGAGAGAAGAGCUACAGAUUCUCCUCGCAUUAUACGGCUUCCUGUUUGUGCGAUUUUGCGCUGUUUAUGGGGCAAGCCGGUUCAUACCCAAAAUUCGCGAGAUGCGGUUUCACUUAAGUCACGUGCGGCUACGCGCUCGGAUGUAGGACAAGAUUGUGUGUGUGUACUGUCCACGCUACUCGGCAGGCAGCUGUAUCCUUGUGCGGUGUCGCUUUGUGUGCCCUUUUUGAAACGCAUCUUCUACUAGCGCAGACAGCGAGGGAAACCUGUACAUUGCACUUGUUAAUUUUGACUUGCAUCUAGAAGGGUUUAGGGGGUCUGGAUGCAAUGUGACUUCGUGCUCCUUUACCAAAAGACAUUCCAAACUCUUGCCCUCAGAAAUACAAUCCAGGUUUUAAUGCACACACACACACAAGUAAGAUGAGUGCAGUCACAGGUAACGGCAGUGUUUGUUUUAAAGCUUUCGUGACUGCAAGGAUUCAUAUUUUUGGUUCUUUCGGGUAAAGUCACGUAGAAGGGAAAUAAUAAAGUAAUAAAAAUAUAAACCAAUUAAAUUCUCACGACCUUUCGACUGCAACACAAGCAAUCAUCGUCAGGUGUGAAAACCACAGCAAGUAAAUUUUAAAAAAAUUGUAUAAUUUUAUUUCGAUUUAAAGCUUUCGUGACUGCAGGGAUUCAUCUUCUUGGUUCUUUCGGUAAACUCACGUAGAAGGAAAAUAAUAAAAUAAUAAAAAUAAAACAAAAUUAUUCUCACGACGUUUCGGCCACAACGCAAGCAGCCAUCUUCAGGUGGAGAAUUAUUUUAUGUUUUAUUUGUAUUAUUUUCUUUCUACGUGACUUUACCGAAAGAACCAAGAAGAUGAAUCCCUGCAGUCACGAAAGCUUUAAAUCGAAAUUUGUCGUUGUUGUUGUUUGGAGUGGAAUCCAUGGAGCUGCACAAGUCUACGUCAUCACCUUCGGCAUCGUCUGCAUCGUUGUUGGCCAAGCAGCCUGUUGCUGUCCUGACCCUGGCAUCGUUGCCUGUGACGGCGACAAUAAAACAGAGUGCCU